AGGAGGCCGCCCAACUCUCAAGGAGGCCGGGGCCCCGGGAGAGGAUGCACCCGGAGGAGCCGCCUGGGCCUGCGGGAGCCUGCUGCACUUGAGAUGGAGUUGCUGCCCCUUUGGCUCUGCCUUGGUUUUCACUUCUUGACAGUGGGAUGGAGAUACUGCAGUGGAAUGGCCACAGCUGCUUCACAAAGGGGCUGUAAGUUGGUGGAUGGAGUCGCUGACUGUCAAGGGCAGAACCUGGCUUCGGUGCCCAGCAAUCUCCCUCCUCACUUGCAGACGCUCAUCCUGGAUGCCAAUCCUCUCAAGACCCUGGGGAAUCAUUCCCUCCAGCUUUACCCUGUCCUGGAGAGCCUCAGUCUGCACAGCUGCCACCUGGAGCACAUUGGUUGGGAUACCUUCCUAGGGCAGGCCCGCCUGCACAGCCUGGCACUACCUGACAAUUACCUCUCAGAGAGCUACCGGGAGACAGCAGCUGCCCUUCACAGCCUGCAGGCAUUGAGGAGGUUGGACUUGUCGGGAAACUCCCUGACAGAAGACAUGGCAGCCCUCAUGCUCCAGAACCUGUCUUCACUGGAGUCUGUGUCCCUGGCAAGGAACACCAUCAUGAGGCUUGAUGACUCUGCCUUUAAAGGCCUGGGGCACCUCAAGGAGCUGGAUUUGCAGAGGAACUACAUCUUUGAGAUUGAGGGUGGAGCCUUCGAAGGCUUGACUAAGCUGAGACACCUCAACCUGGCCUAUAACAACCUCCCUUGCAUUGUGGACUUCAGCCUCACAGAGCUCCAGUCCCUCAAUGUCAGCUAUAAUGCCCUGGAAUGGUUCCUGGCAUCAGUGGAAGAGGCUGCUUUUGAGCUGGAGACGCUAGACCUCUCUCACAAUCAGCUGCUGUUUUUCCCGCUCCUGCCCCAAUCCAGCAAGCUGCACACCCUCCUGCUGCGGGACAACAACAUGGGCUUCUACAGGGACCUGUACAAUGCCUCGUCACCGCAGGAGAUGGUGGCCCAGUUCCUCCUUGUGGAUGGCAAUGUGACCAACAUCACCACGAUUAACCUUUGGGAAGAGUUUGCUUCCAGUGAUCUUGCAGAUCUUCGCUUCCUGGAUAUGAGCCAGAACCAGUUCCAAUACCUGCCUGAUGGCUUCCUAAAGAAAAUGCCUUCCCUCUCCCACCUGAACCUUAACCAGAAUUGCCUGAUGACGCUCCACAUCCGGGAGCAUGAGCCCCCAGGAGCGCUCAUGGAGCUGGAUCUGAGCCAGAACCAGCUGUCGGAGCUGCACUUGACUCCGGGGCUCACCGGCUGCCUGAGGAGCCUCCGGUCGUUCAACCUGAGCUCCAACCAGCUUCUGCAUGUCCCUACUGGCCUUUUCGCUGAUGCCAAUAACAUCACUACAGUUGACAUGAGCCACAACCAGAUCUCACUUUGUCCCCAGCCAGCUGGGUUAGACCACGUGGGCCCCACUAGCUGUGUGGAUUUCAGGAAUAUGGCAUCUUUGAGGAGCCUCUCUCUGAAGGGCUGUGCACUGGGAGCAUUACAAGACUGCUCAUUCCAGGGGACUGCCCUCACCCACUUAGACCUGUCUGGAAACUGGGGGAUUCUCAAUGGGAGCAUUGCUCCUCUCCAGAAUAUUGCUCCCACGUUACAGGUCCUGUCUCUCAGGAAUGUGGGCCUCAGUUCCAGUUUCACAGAGUUGGACUUUUCUGGGUUUAGGAAUCUGAGGGACUUGGAUCUGUCAGGAAAUUCCUUGACCCAUUUUCCAAGGUUCAGGGGCAGCCUGGCCCUACAGACCCUGGAUCUCCGCAGGAACUCUCUCAGAGCCCUUCCCCAGAGGGCUGUGACUGCACAGCUCCUGACAAGUCUGCGGACCAUCUACCUCAGUCAGAAUCCAUAUGACUGCUGUGCGGUGGAGGGCUGGGAGGCCCUGCAGCAUCCACACACCAUCACAGACUUGGCCACGAUCACUUGCAACCUCUCCUCCAAGGUCAUUCGCCUGACGGACCUGCCCAGAGGCAUGCCUCAGGACUGUAAAUGGGAAAGGGUGGACAUGAGCCUGCUGUACCUUGUGCUCAUUCUUCCCAGCUGCCUCACCCUGCUGGUGGCCUGCACUGUCAUCUUCCUCACUUUUAAGAAGCCUCUGCUUCAGGUGAUCAAGAGCCGCUGCCACUGGCCUUCCAUAUAUUGACCUGGUUACGAUUCAAGGUUAGAAAUUCGGCCUGUGCAUGAAAGAUCCUUUCUCUGCCAGAUUUCAAGAUCUGAUGCAGAAGACAAGGCUGAUGAAUUGAGCUUUAAAUUAAAGUAUAAAAUGUUUCCAUUCCUUAGAAGCAUCAUCAUGAUUCAUUCUUAUCAUCCUGGUAAAAUAUUUAUUAACUGACAUUACACAAAAAUAAAAAACAUUUCUCAGAAAAAAAUUUUUAAGUCAAAUCCAGCUUGUGUGUUUUCUUUCUUUAGUGUUUUUUGGUAGUUUGACUGAGGUUAUUUUUCAAUGCCCUUUCCUUGAUGACAUCCAUGGAGCUGGUGGAAAAGGGCAGCAACUCAGUGCCACCCCACAACAGAAACAGCUUGAAGAGCAGGUCCAGUGGAUGUGUGAGAGUCAGCACCCUAGGAGUUCACCAAAAACCAGAAUUUCAGAGCUGAGCUGGGGGAUCAGACAUGAGAACUGCCACCUCCUAUCUCGGCUUGUGUCACCAGUGGGCCUGAGAGGGUCCUCUGCAGGUGGUGCCCUGGGUUUGCUGGAGUUGCUGGCAGGCAAACGUGACCUUUCCAUAGAAAAGCUAGCAGAACAAUAACGGGACCCUGAGUAUAUUUGUGCAGUGAACUGAACACCAGCACAGUCCUUGUUCUGAGCGGAAGUAAAGAGGAAUGCAGAAAGGAGGGAAUUCUGUUGAUUUGUGGAUUACCCCUCCUCUUCACACAAAAAACAUGAACAACUUCUUAGCGGUUGUUGCAGAUCUGUACUCACUACAUUCCUCUUUUCCUUCCUCCUUCCCUUCCCUUAGUGAGUAGUGAACAGUUUCUAUGCUCCUCUCUGAGGAAAAGAUAAUAAAGACACAGCUCUUGCCCUUUUGGGUAGUUUAGAGUUUACACUGUCCUUGCACAUUUUAUCCCUGAGUAUUAAAUCAUAAAGG